CGUCGAGUUUCUCACUUGAAAAAAAAAUCCUCGAGCCUCUGUCUCUUUAAGAAGAGAGAGUUGGAGGAGGGGCGUGGCUGAGAGAGGGCCCCGCCCCUUUAACCCUUCACGAGGCAGAGGUUUUUUUUCUGAGCCAGGCGCUGACUUUCUCGCCCCUUGCGCGGCGGGACCCCAGCUGAGCGGAGCGGAGCGGAGGGGGCCGCCCUGCCGGGCCAGUGCCCCACUGAGGAUGCACGUUCCUGCUAGAGGUAAAUAAAGAUCCAGCCGCCUCCGCCCCAGAGGGAGGAGAGAAAGCUGGAGUGGAGGAGGAAAAGGGGCGAAGGACGCCGAGGAGCAAAGGCCACCCCCGAGGUUCUCGGCGCGUUUGCAGCGGGGCGCGGAGAAAUGGCCGGCUAGAGAGCGGAUCCCAGCCCCGCGCGAGCUUGGGUGGCGGUGGAUUGUCCUCGGGAAAGAGAGCUCCGUUUCUGGAUUACAAAACAGGAAGACGGAGGCUCUGGCUGGCUCGGGACGUGACUCAUUGAUCUCCGGACUUGGGAUUCGUACAGGAUGCCGAUUCUGAAGCAGUCCCCCAUCUCCCAGUCAAAGAAGAGGCCCCGCAUCGGCCGGGACAUGAUCAGCGCCCCGCUGGGAGAUUUCCGGCACACCAUGCACGUCGGCCGGGGCGGGGACGUCUUCGGGGACACCUCCUUUCUCAGCAACCACGGGGGCCCCAAGGCCAACGGGCUCCCCCCCGCCACCGAGGCCCUGGCACCGGCCCAGUCCCCCAGCCGCCUCUCGGGGUCCUCCGGCAGCCCGGCUGAUUUGGGGGGCGGCCCGGGCGGCCUGGAUUUGCCCCCCACUUCCUGGGAGGGGGAACUGCAACAGGCCGAGUCCCUGUUCUCCUUCGAGUUGGAUCUGGGGCCAUCUAUUCUGGAUGAGGUCUUGGGGGUCAUGGACAAGUGCGGGGAGCAGCCCCGGAGCGAGGACGUCAGGCCGGAGAGGCCGGUGGGGGGCCAGGGGCUGGGCCAUGGGGUGGUUCCCCAGGCAGGGGAGGAGGAAGAAGAGGAGGAGGAGGUGGAGGAGGAAGGCACCGGGCAUGGAUACACAUUUGAAGAUGAGCUGGAUGAUGAGAUUGGGCUAUAGGAGAGCGGGUUCAGCUCCCCUCCCCUCCCUCCAUUCCCCCCUAUUCCCUCCACCCCUCAUCUGUCUGCUCCGUUGUCCCUUCAUCCACACCCCUCCUGCUUCAGCCAUCCCCCCUUCCCUUGUGUGUCUUCUCUCUUCCUUUUCCUCUUUCAUUCUUCCUUACCCUCCUUUCAUCCGCUUCCCCCUUCUCUUUCUUUUGCUCCUGCUCUCUUUCCCUUCCCCUCUUCCUCCAUUUCUUCCUUUCAUUCUUUUUUUUCCGUUCACUUAUUCUUACCCCUUAGCCGGCCCCCUCUCCAUGGCAGUACUGGUUCUCUGAGGUUGGUGAUGCUAUCUGCAAUGGAAAGCCCGAUGUGUUUGAUCCUAAUUUUCACCUCCUUGUCUGUAUGGAUUUCUGGAAUCCUAAUCCACCCACCCGCCCGUUGACUGGUCAACUCAUCAAUACGUCUGUCUAUUAAUGAGCCUCUUAAUCAAUCCACCAACCCACGGAUUGCCCAAUCAACCCAUCAAUACAUUGAUUGACUGAUCAACCAGUCAAUCCGUUUAUCAAUCAGCCCGUCAAUUGAGCAACAAUCCAUCUACCACCAAAAAAUGAUCGGCCCAUUGGCUGACAAAAUGAGCUAUCAAUAGUCAGCCUUCUCCCUCCCACACACUCAUCAAUCAGCCGAUGGACCCAUCAACCAUCAAUCCACCAAUUGACCUGCCAACUAAGUUAUCGACCAACCAAUUGACGGAUGGAACAGUUAACGAUCAACCAACCAGUCAACCCAUCAGCAGACUAGUCAAGAACCAACCCACCAAUCGACCAGUCAGCCAACCAGUGAAACAGUCAACAAUCAACCAACCAGUUGGUCGGUGGAAUGGUCAACGAGCAACCAAUCAACUAGCCAAGCCAUCAACGGAAUAGUCAAGAAUCAAGCCACCGAUCGACCACUCAACCAACCAACCAGUUGACCAACCAAUCAAUCAAUCCACCGAUCAUCUCAGCAAUUGACCAAAUAACCCACCAGUCAGUCAGCAUCCCACUUCCUCUCCCUCAUUCCCCUCUCCCACUGGGAGAAGGAACUCCUGAACUGACAGAAGAGACAGUUUGAUGUUGGUUUUGUGUGUAUCCGUCUCACACCCCAUCUGGACUCUGGGCUCACAAGAGAUGGACUCGGACAAGAGCAGUGGUACCGGGGUGGUUAGGGGGGGCACGGAUCAGCCUUGAGAAAAGUGAUUUGGGUAAUGCUGUGAAAAUGACCUGGAUUCCCUCCUCCCCCACCCCCUAUUUCAUGUCUGGGGCUCCCUCCACAUGGAAGGAGAGUUACUUGAGACAUUAACGGAUUAUAUUCACCGGGUGUGGAAGGCCUAGGGUCUAGUGGUUGGAGCAGGGGGGCUGGGAGCCAGGACUCCUGGGUUCUAUCCCUGGUUCUGGGA